AUGGAAGCUGCGAAUGAAGGAGAAUAUAGACAAAUUGUGGGAAGCUUGCUCUAUUUGACUGCAACUAGACCUGAUGCGAUGUUUGCAGCAAGUCUCUUGGCAAGGUUCAAGCACAAUCCUACCAAGAAACACCUGGGGACAACAAAGAGAGUGCUGAGAUACAUUCAAGGAACACUGAAUUUUGGAAUUGAAUUUAUAAAAGGGAAGAUAACUACUCUAAUCAGUUACUGUGAUAGUGACUGGGCAGGAAGUGAAGAUGAUAUGACAAGCACUUCAGGGUAUGCAUUUACUCUAGGAUCUGGUGCGUUUUCAUGGGCAUCGAUUAAGCAAAACACAGUAGCAUUGUCCACUGCAGAAGUAGAAUAUGUCAGUGCUGCUGAAGUUACUUCCCAAGCAAAAUGGCUGAGGUUCGUACUUGAGGACUUUGGAGAAGAACAAGUUGAAGGAACUCAAAUCAUGUGUGACAACACAUCAGCCAUAGCAAUGGCAAAGAAUCCAUUUCUCCACUAG